AUGGAAGAGGCGACACCGAAGGUCAUUGAACAUGUGGACCAGGUGCUUCAGAGCCAUCAAGUGGAACUCUUGGAGCGCCUGGAGCUUUGGCUCCAUGCCUUGGACGCUCGUCUUUUGGAGAACCGCAACGGCCAGGUGCACUGGCACCGCGCUGGUGGCAUGCCGGAGGAUGUCUCGUUGUCGUCGAAGGAGCUGGGGAGGGUCGCCUCGGUGGCCUCGGAGGGAAGCUUUGUGGGGAAGCGGCGCCGCUCCCCGCUUCCGCGUGUCCAGCACACCCCGAGCCUGAACAGCUACGACCAGGCACGUUUGGCUCACAGCCGCGUGGUUGAAGAAGCCGAGAAGAAAAACAUCCAGCUGCGCGAGUCCAGGAGUGCGAGUCUGCAUGUAU